AUGGAUUCCAUCAUGGAUAAACUCGAUGCUCUGGCGCUCAACGCCGACCUCAAACCUCUUCUCACACUCGUCAAAGCCGCCCGCAAUGGCGCUGUGUACGGCGCAAAAGUCCGCUUUCCGCAUGCUUUGGUCAUGAUAUUCCUCUUCCGAUCGGGAACAUUCCGCGAGAAGGUCAAGCUGGUUUUGAAAGCGACUCGCCAACAUGCCUAUAAUCUCUCAACCUUCGCUAUCAUAUACAAAUCCUCUAUGAUUGCUAUGAAGUAUCUGAACCCAACUGGACCGAAAGAGGGCCCAUACGAUACCUUCUUUGCUGGAUUGCUGGGUGGAUACAUUGUCUUUGGCCGGCAUCCAGGCAGUGUCAGCCAGCAAAUUGUUAUUUAUGUCUUCGCUCGGGUUGUCUUAGCCCUGGCCAAGCUCUCUGUUGAGCCAAACAUGCACCCACUCUCCUCGCUCAUCACACCAGAAGCCCGAACGCGGAUUAAGGACAGUGCCUGGCCCGCCUUUGCAAGUCUGAGCUGGGCGGCUGUUAUGUACGUCUUCCGCUGGCACCCAGAGACCAUUGUCUCCAGUUUGAGGAGUAGUAUGACCUAUAUUUACGUGGACUCUGACCAUUGGACUUCAUUCCACAACUUAUUGAUCCAUAACAAAUAA